AUGACAUACUAUGGGGAUAAUUCCCCACAACUCGCUGCCUCGGUGAUCGCACUGACAGUGAUCGCGUUCAUUACUUUCGGUUUGCGGGUUUACACAAGACUCCACAACCAUGCCUGGGGAUUAGAUGACUGGGCUAUGACCAUCGCAACUGUACCAUUCACAGGAUUAUCCAUAUCGUGUAUUGGAGGUGCAUUUAGUGGGAUUGGAGUGCACGAGUUCAGACUCUCGGCAGCUGAGAAAGUCCAGGGAAUGCAGUUUUUCUUCUUUUUCGAAUGCUUUUACUGCGCCGCUAUCAUCCCCAUCAAACUAAGUAUCUCUUUCAUGCUGAUCCGUAUCGCAUCGAGAAGAAAACUGUUUGUAUACAGUCUAUACGCCGUCUCCGCCAUGUUCGUAACCAUGAACCUCAUCGCAUUGUUGUACAUCAUAUUUCAAUGCGCGCCAAUAUCAUACGCCUGGGAUACUUCGACUCUUGGCGGGAAGUGCAACCCCGCGCAGACGCUUGCAGAUAUCUACUACGCGACAACAGCGGUCAACAUUGCGACGGACUGGUUUUGUGCGCUGUUGCCCAUACCACUUCUAUGGAAUGUACAAUUGAACAGGAACGCCAAGCUAUCGGUGGGUGUCAUUCUUGGGUUGGGAGCCUUGGCCAGUCUGUCAGCCUGCAUUCGCCUUGUCUAUACUGUCAACCUAACCAACGCAACCGAAUAUCUCCAUGGCGUCUCCGAUGUGGUCCUUUGGGGCUAUGCCGAAAACGGCGUCGGCAUGAUUGUAGGAUGUGUCGCUACCCUCCGCCCCCUCUUGCAACGCGUCCUCAGACUUGGAAGCAGUGGUAGCUCGAAUCCAAACCAUCAAACACCCAAGGCAGGCUAUGUGAGACGACCAGCUGUCAAGAGCCAUCUGAGUGGAAGGGAUGAGGAGUGGGUUGCCCUAGAGGAUGGCCAAAUGGUAAACAUGGUCCAGGGUCGGAGCACCUCUGGAAGUGAAGAGCACAUAUUGCCUAUGAAUGGUACCGGUAUCCAUGUUACUAGUACGGUGGAGCAGAGGUCCAGUGCUAUUUGA